UUUCGAUGCAUGGAAACUAAUUGAUGCAUUUGAGUUUCUCUUUAUUUUGAUUUUGUUUAUUAUUCUCAAUUUUUGUCUUUUUUUCUCAAUUAAUUUACUUUUUUUUUCUAUUGAAAUUAUGUCAAUCAUACUCAAGCAUCAAUCGUCAAUUUUAAUCAAAUGUUGCACAUCAAGAAAUUGUGUUAAAAAGCAAGUGCGUUGGACCGUUUGGCCUUCAAGUUAUGUGAAACCAAUUCCAAGGAAAGAGGAUCAAAAUUUGUUAAUUAAAGAGGAACCAGAUAAAUUCAAGGAAUUCACCUUUGCCCCAAUAAGAGCUGCUGAAAAUAAUAUUAAUGGUUCACUGUUUUUUGAUCCAUUUCUCCGUCGAUUUACCAACAUAAUCAUGAGGAAAGGAAAGAGAGAUGAAUAUGAAGACAUGAUGCGAGAUGUAAUGUAUCUAAUUAAAAAGAAACAAUUAGCUGAAUGGAGAGCCGCUGAUACACCUGAGAAAAGGUCUAAAUUUGAAUUAGAUGCUCUUGUUUUAAUGAAGAAAGCGGUUGAUAAUGUUAAACCAAUCGUAAUUACCAAACCUGUUCAAAAAGGUGGUGUCACUUAUUCAGUACCUUUUCCGAUAACGAGUCAAUUAUCAGAAUUCCUUGGAAUGAAAUGGAUCAAUGAAGCGGCUCAUGAUCACCCAGUUCCAUGGAGAGCGAUUCAUACUCCAGCCUUAGUUCGUGAAUUUGUUUUCGCUUUUAACAAUGAAGGUAAAGCAGUUAAACGGAAAUAUGAUCUACACAAACUGGCAGAGACCAAUAAAGCUUAUGCUCAUUACCGAUGGGAUUGAAAUCUAAUGAUAAUUGUUUUAGAUUUAAAUUGUGUUACAACCUUGUAAAUAGUUGAUAAUUUAGUCAAAAGAUGAGUGAAAUUUUUUUCUUAUUAAAAAAUUCACUUUAUUAUCAUUUUCUCACUCACACCGAAAGAAAAACAAAAUAUUCUAUUAAUAAUAUAAAUAGAAUUGUAAUCAAAAUUGUAAUAUAAAAAAAAAUCUAUUGACUAGGA